AUGCGAGUCCUGUCGAAGGCUGUGAUGGGUGUCAUCCUGUAUGCUCCUGGUGUCGUCAAAAUGGCGCCGAUUGUCGGUUUGUCACUAGAUCUAAAAGGUCCAAGAAAGUACGAUUUGGGUUACAUCACAGGCCUGGAAGACCAGGUGGAGCUGCUGAAGGAAGAGGUGCGUCGACUACAGGGCCUCGGUCCCACCGUAUCUGCAGGGCCUCAUUAUGCCGAUGUUUUCGCCGAUCAGGAGGAUGCUCCGCCAGAAGGUUUUGCCGAUGAGGACCGGGCAGAGAGUGAGGCACUGGAAACGUCACCACCGUUCUUGGGCAACUCUUCGGCAGUCGAUGAUAUUAGCUUGUUGAUGUGGCGCCUCACUGUGCAUGAAAACGGAGAGUCAUCAUUCAUCGGGCCCUCAGGCAAUUUCUGUUUCCCAGACCCGCAUCACGAUGUCUUUCAGUCGCUAGAGGGAGCCAGGCCAUGUCCAGAAGAGCCACUGGAACCCCAACCAUUAGCUCAUGAGCCGAAUAUUUCGAAAGAGUUGAUUCAUCUCUUUGUGAGUUACAUCAAUCCGGUUCAUCAAUUUGUAGAUGAGGAGACGUUAGCCAUAUUACAACAUGAUAUGUCACCCAGUAUGAAAUUGCUUCAGUAUGCGAUCCUGAGCACAGGUGCGCUUUUCACAGAGGAUCCGCAGCUCAUAUCCUAUGGUAAUGACAUGGCGAUCCAUGCGGAAAAUAUUUGCUUAAAAGUCUGUCACCAAUACCCAAACACACGAACGAUCCAAGGAUUGCUUAUAUUAUCAUGGCGCGAACUCACACUGGAACAUGACAAUAUGACCUGGCUGUACAAUUCUAUGGCCGCGAGUAUUUCGUUGCACCUUGGCCUUCAUGUUGCCUCUCUUACCACAAUCAAAGUUGACACAAGCUCGAACACGAGUGCUGUUAAGUCCGAUAUAAGUCGUAUCAGGACUAUUUGGGCAUUCCUGCUCCUGGAUAGCUAUUCUUUCGAAUUCAAGGACCUGGAAGACACAAAACGUUAUCGUCUACUCAUGGAAGCACGUGGCCAUCUCCUAAACCUUCGCCGCCAAUUGCAUCCUACUCUACAGCUUCGAAAGGGGAGCAGUACAUCAACUGUUCUCUUGUUUCAUAUGUCAUGUAAUAUGUCCUACCUCCUAAUCCAUCGACCCUACUUGCAAGAGCCGCCACAAAGUAUGCCAUAUCGACUCGCCCUACGAUCAAUGUCGGUCGCGGCGGCGGCAAUGGUUCGACUUGUCCGCGACUAUCAGAGCAAUUAUUUAUUAACCACCGCGCACCCAAUUAUGAUACACUGUGUGUCGACAGCUGCGGUGACGCUUCUUCUUUUUUCAACAUCAACGCAUCCCACUACAAGGACUCAAUCUAUUGGCAAAUUUCGAGUCUGCUUUGGUGCACUCGCGGGAAUGCAAAAUCGAUGGCCACGAGCCCGAAGAGCAAUAACACUCUUACGAGACUUGGCCUUGCGUUGGAAUACUGUAGCAGCGCUGCCUCUACAGUAUAGCUUCCCUCUCCCCGGACGCUUAACUGCCGCAACGGAUCAUGACUCGUUCGUGUGGGAUGAAGCAGCUGAUGCAUGCACGAUAGACGAUCUGUUGGUUCCUGGGGAAUCUUCAAAAAUUCCACAGAAUUACUCUCUGGAUUCAUCAGACCCUCUAAGCCAGGAAUCUAUUGAUCAGCUAAAUUUUGAAUACUUUGAUAAUCCUCGUGCAGAAACUACGGGCAUUAUUGGUCUGGGUGAUGUACCACCCUCCACUUCCCAUCUUGGAGAUAUUGAUGAAAUUUUGGCGUUCUCGGAAAGGGCAGCAGACGAAUUUGCUCAAAAUUCCAACUUCUGGAAUUUUGUUUGA